GCACUGAUAGGCGGCACUGAUAGGUGACACUGAUGAUGGGUACUGAUAGACGGCACUGACUGGCAUCACUGCUGGGCACUGACUGGCGGCACUGACUGGCACAACCCCUGGGCACUGACUGGUGGCACUGACUGGCAGCACUGCUGGGCUGCACUGGUGGGUGGCACUGGUGGGCAGCACUGGUGGGUGGGCACAGGUGGGUGGCACUGGUGGGCACAGGUGGGUGGGCACAAAUGGGUGGCACUUCUGGGCACAGGUGUGUGACACUGCAGAGUGGCACAGGUGGGUGCACUGCUGGGCGAUCUGCUGGGCACAGGUGGGCGGAGCUAGUGGGCGCACUGCUGGGCACAGGUGGGCGGAACUUGCGGGUGGCACUGCUGGGCACCGAUCAUCAGGGCACUGAUCAUCAGUGCCCUGAUGAUCGGUACGUAUCCUUGGACACCGCUGAUCAC